AUGGGUUCCGACCUCAUGGAGGACUCAGUCUUCAAUGACGACUUCGAAGAUGAUUCUGACGCAUUCUCGCCCGAGCCGGUAUGCAAUGUCUUCCCUCUCGAGGCCCUUCAUGGCACUCUGGAAACGCUGGACAGCCGCUGGCAGGCCCUUGGCCAGAUCGGAUCUGGAUACUCUCCGGCGUUUGCGCCCAUCCAGUUCACUGCCCCGGCGGCCUUCCAUCAUCAGGGUCGCCUUGCCUGCUUUACUUGCACUGUAUUUCUUGCUCCACCAAGCGGAACUUCUGCUAGCGAUCAUGGAGGCUGGUACGACGGAAACAUAGAGAAGGCAGUCAACGCGAACGCCAUCAUGGAGACUGCAGGCAACGAGAACGUCUUCAUCAAGACCGAAUACGACGAGGCCGCUGGCAUGGAGAACGCAGGCAACGAGGAUGCCGUUAUGAGUAACGCAGGCAAAGAGUCUCUCCCUCCCACCGUCGGGAGUGUCCAAGCGGUCUCCGCCAUGGAGCACCCAUAA